AAUCACGAUGCGUGACUGAUGUUGCCACAGCGGAGACAUACAAAAAGAAACUGUGAAGAAACUUGACACUCAGUGCGAACUUAGUAUCCUCGAAGAAAGUCAGAAAUAGCUGUCCUGUACAAUACGAUUUUAUAGUGCAUAGUUCUUCAUAAUCAUGAGGAUCCUUAAUGUAGUGGCGUUCCUGGCGUUCGUCGGAUCCUGUGUGGAGCAAGGAAGUAGUAAGGAUGCUGUUUGUCGCCAUGACAACGGAUAUUUUCAACACGAUGAUUAUUGCGAUUAUUAUUACGAAUGUAUAAAUGGCGUUGCUACCUUACAACUUUGUCCAAAUGGUCUUGUAUUUGUUGGAAAAGGUCGUGGUUUACUUCAAAGUUGUGAUUACCAAAAACGUGGUGGUUGUCCCGACGGAGUGCGAGUAAUGGGACAAUCACCUAUCCAGACGGAGAAUUGUGAUUGGUUAUGGGGACGAUUCCCUCACAAAACUAGCUGUACAAGUUACUUGGAGUGUUGGAACGGAACGUCUACCAACCACAAGUGUGGAUACUCACUUCUUUACAACACAAAGAGCGAAUCCUGUGAUUGGCCUGAAAACGUUCAAGGCUGUCAGCAACACCCCACCUGUAAAAAAAUUCCCAACGGGCCAAUCGCUAUUGAAAAGAGCUGUUCCAGAUACAUCUUGUGCAGUGGAGGUUACCCCUACAUGCAACGAUGUGCAGCCGGUCUCGCUUUCGAUCCCGACUUUCUCAGUUGCAAACUGGCCGAGACUGUUCCGGGCUGUGAGCCAAAACCAACAGAAGCACCCGAAUAUGAAGAUGAGGAGCCUCUACCGCAAGCCCCUCCAAGACAAAAUUAUCAGAGUUUAGAUUCUGGAAGCUCAAACCAAGUUCCACCCCCUUCACGUAAUCGUCAAACUAAUAGAUCUCAGUACAGGCCUGGAAAAUAAACCUUAACUUACUUAAAAGUUCAAAAUUAUUAUUUUUCUCUCUCUUUUAAAUAUGGUUUCAUAUAAGCGGGUUUAUCUUAAUCGGUUUUUUACUUUUAACAAGCAAUCAUCAUGUCGUUAUCUUCAUGUUUCGAUCUGUGUAUUUUAAUGUAAAAAU